AUGACAACUUUAGAUUCCAAAGUUAUAAUAGAUGAACCAAAUACAUAUAAAGCAUCAAUUAUUGAAACGCAAGAACAUUCUAAUAAAGAGAAUACACUUAAAAAAUCAAAAAUACCCACAUCAAGAGUUAGUCGAUUUUUUCAUUAUGGAGGAUUGGCUAUUGGAUUGGGAGCAGGAGCUAUGAGUGAGGCUGUUCGAAGAGCUACGGGAAUUUCAAAAACAAAAGGUGGCUCGGUAUUGAUGAGUGAAGCCAAUAUAGAGCGUCUGGUUAAUAAAUUAUCUCGAAUGCGCGGAGCUGCAUUGAAGUUGGGACAGAUGAUAAGUAUUCAAGAUAAUGAUAUGCUACCUGUACAAUUGGAAAAAGUAUUGUUGCGUGUUCAGAAUAGUGCCAAUUAUAUGCCAAAUUGGCAAAUGGAGAAAGUAAUGGCAAAGGAACUUGGUCUAAAUUGGCGUGAUAAUUUUAAAACUUUUGAUCCGAUUCCAAUGGCAGCAGCAUCAAUAGGCCAAGUUCAUAAUGCUCAAUUAUCCAAACCUCCCUAUUUACCAGUAGCAAUUAAAGUACAAUAUCCAGGAGUUGCGGCUUCGAUCGAUUCAGACUUGAAUAAUCUAAGAACUUUAGUAAUAAUGAGCAAUUUAUUGCCCAAAGGACUUUACCUUGAUAAUACAAUUAAAGUAGCAAGAAGAGAAUUAGCAUGGGAAACUGAUUACGUUAGGGAAGCUACCUGUAUGGAGAAAUUUGGAGAACUUUUAAAAGAUGAUAAGGAUUUUGUUGUACCUAAAGUGAUGAAAGAAUAUUCUACAAAAAUGGUUUUAACUAGUGAAAAAAUGAUGGGCGAACCUUUAACUUAUGCUGUUUACUAUAGCCAAGAACUCAGAAACAAAAUUGGUGAAAAUAUCUUGAAACUUAGUUUAAGAGAGUUAGCUGAAUUUCAAUUUAUGCAAACUGAUCCGAACUGGACUAAUUUCUUAUACAAUACUAAAACAAGAAAGAUUGAAUUAGUAGAUUUUGGAGCAAGUAGAGGAUUUGAUUCCAAAUUCAUAAAUUUAUACUUGCAAAUUCUAAAAUCGGCAGCAAAAGGAGAUAGAGAAGGAUGUUUAUUUUAUUCAGAACAAAUAGGCUAUCUAACAGGAUAUGAAACUGAGGUUAUGAGAAAUGCACAUAUUGAUUCAAUAUUGACAUUAGGAGAACCAUUUUCAGAAGUCAUGUAUGAUUUCUCUAAACAAACUAUAACUAAAAGAGUAAAAGAUUUAAUACCUACAAUGUUGAAAUAUAGAUUAACUCCACCGCCUGAUGAAACUUACAGCUUACACAGAAAAUUAUCCGGCGCAUUUUUACUUUGUGCUAAAUUAGGUGCCAAAGUUAGAUGUAAAGGUAUUUUUGAAGAAGUUGUUGGCGAGAUAUAA